AAAUUACAUUUGGUGCUUAUAGGUUGGGAGUGGGGUUAAGAAGACCUCAACUUUUCUAACUUUUUCCCCAACUUUUUGCAGUUUGAUGCGUUUUCUUAAAUCUGCUUUGAUACUUUUUCGAUUUUUUACGAACUGAAGAGUGUUUAAACUUUUUUUAACAAUAUUUUAAAACAUGCUCAUUUCGAUGAAUGUAAACAUAAGUUAGUUUUGCUUACAGACGAAAAACUCUUCCGCGAAUUCAAUUGUAAUUUAUUUUUACAGGCGAUGUAACUUUCUUGAAUGAAACAUUAUCUUCCUUUUUCAAAUGGGCUUAUGCUGUGUUUGAGAUUGACAAUUUGAAAAAUUACAGAAGUAUUUGUAUAGAUAGAAAAUUGUUCAUCCAGUUUGUAUUUCAGUGCUAUGCAUUUUAGCAGGUUAAAGAAAUCUUUUUAUAUUGCAAGUUUAUUAAACAUAAAUUUUACCUGGUAACAUAUGUUUGGGGAUUUUACAUGUAUUUCUAACGUAAAAUCUCAGGUGUACAAUGUGUGUCAUAAUGAAAAAAUGGUCUAGCUAACAUUAAUAAAUAACAUGUUGCAUAAAAAUUUUAUGUAUCUGUGGUUUGUGUUGCUAAAAACUUUACAGAUAUAGUUAAAGUGAUUAAUAUGUUUAUGAGAAAAAAGAAUAGUCAAAUAUGUAAACUCGAAAAUUUUAUUAAAGUAAUGUAUGUGGUAGAAUGUUUGCACAGGAAGCAUUUUUGACCCGUAUUGAUAAGUAACCUGUUCUGUGCGUAAUUAAACAUUUACACAUAAUUAACUUUUUUGUUUGUUUUUACGAAAAGGAUUCCUUAUUUUUCCAGUGCGUCCAUGUGAUGUAUAAUUUAUAAAAAUUAAACUUGCUGUGAUAAACUUAACUUUUGUAGCAUGAGGUUAUUAUCAUGCUUAAAUGAUAUUAUUUUUAACUUUAUUUAUUUGGAAAAUUCAUGUUUUGCAAGUUUACUCAACUGUGUAUAAUUAAUUCAAAGUGAUAUUGUAUGCACUAUGAGUCUUGCGACAAAAACUGAUUCUAUGAAAUUUAAUACCGUCGAAGUUAGUGAGAAACCUUAUUCUUGUAAUGUAUGCAAUCAGAGUUUUUCAUUAAAUUAUCAACUAGUUGCCCACAGUCGCAUACAUACUGGUGAGAAACUUUAUUCUUGUGAUGUAUGUCAAAAAAGUUUUUCAGUUAAGGGUUGUCUAAAAAGACAUGUCCAAGUUCAUAUUGGUGCGAAGCCUUACUCUUGUAAUAUAUGCAAUAAGACUUUUUCUCAAAAAAAAUCGUUAGUCCAUCACCAUCGUAUUCAUACGGGUGAGAGACCUUAUUCUUGUAAUGUAUGUAAUAAGAGUUUUGCACAAAAGAGUAAUCUAACUGUCCAUAAACGUGUUCAUACUAAUCAGAAGAUUUUUGAAUGUAGUAUAUGUAAUAAGAGUUUUACUCAAAAGACUCACCUAACUACUCACAGUCGGAUUCAUACUGGUGAAAAACCAUAUUCUUGUAGCAUAUGCAAUAAGAGUUUUUCACAUAAAGGUAAUGUAAUCGUCCACAGUCGUAUUCAUACUGGUGACAAACCUUUUUCUUGUGGUGUUUGUGAUGAGAGUUUUUCAUUUAAAAGAUCAUUAAUUGCCCACAGUCAUGUUCAUGCUAAUGAGAAAUCUUAAGAGGGUGGCCACACAAAUCUGGAGGAGGGAAAAAUUCCUUGUACAUAUUACACACAAUAUAUUAAGAGGAAACAACAAUUACUUUGCUCUUGUGUGAGCUAUAUUAGGCUAACUAUAUUUAAUAGUUUUAAUUGCUAGAAAACCACCUGAACAUAUUUAAAUAAUGCUAUAGUAAAUGAAAUAGUUUAGUAUAGCUGAAAUAUCAUGGUUAAAUAUCCCAUAGAUUACGCUUUGAGUGGUCACCAUUUUUUAAAAGACAAAAAUAAGAAACAAAAUUCCCUGCAUUUUCUCAGUUUGUAAAGAAAAAAUAAAAUUCCCUGUGGAGUGGCAACCCUGCUUAGUCUACAAAUAAAUGUAAUAAGAGUUUUUAACUCAAACGUUGAGGAUAUUUUCAUAGCGUGAUCUGUUGUUCGAACUAUAACUUCAAAGGCACCAAAUGGAUUUUGAACUCGCAAAUUUUUUUUGAAAAUAAUAUUCAGAGGUGGCUACGGAUUGGUCCCUUUCUGUAGAGUAUUUUUUACUUUUCCGUGAGCCGUUACCAAGACAUGGCGAUUAUUCUGCCACAGAUCACAAUAUGGAAAUCCUUCCCCAAAGGUAAACUUAUUCUAUAAGUAAAUAUAACUGCUUAUAGACAUUUGACUUAUUUUUGUAAUUGUAAAGUGAUAUUACUUAGGGACACUUUUUCAGGUUUAUUCAGAUAACUUACUUAAAUUGCUAUGUAAGGCUCUGAAUAUUUUACUAAAUAUUUCUGCACAACUUUCCUCCAAUGUAGAAAGAAAUCUUUGUUCUUAAUGAUUUGGAAAAAUUUAAAGAAAAAAAAAUCUUUGUGUCACAAACUUGCCACAUUGGGUGAGGUUACCUAAUAUAUUAUCUUAAAAUCGAUUAAGACAUUAUUCUAGCCAGGGAUGUAGAACCAGAAGGCACUCAUAUGUGACGUUCUAGAACUUUGAUAAAUAUAUUAUUAAUUUUCACUAAUAUAUUAUUUAUAAAGUUUACUAAUCUUAACAUUAGUCUCUUAAAGUAACCCCCCAUUUAACAAUAUAACUUAUAACAAUGUGUUAUAAAAAUUAUUUAAUGAAGUGUCAUCUGUCCUGUUUAUACCAAUCACAAGAUUUUACUUUGUGGUACAUAAAUUAAAAGUUUUUCAUAGUAAGAUAAUAUAAUUUCUCAUUGUUGGACUCCUACGAGCAAAAACAUAUUUGUACUCUUGUAUUUAUGUUACGCCUGUUAAAUAUGUUACGAGUAUUUUUCCUCAAGAAAAUAUUAACUGAUUAUGUUUUCAUACUGAUAAGUAUAGAGGGUGUCCUGAAAUGACUAGCUUUUGUGGAUGUUUUAUAAAAUUCUUGUAUUAAAUGUUUAAAACUAUGUAUAUUAGGCAAAAUUAUAUUAUCAUUGUCGAGGUCAAAAAGAGAAAUGCAGUGAUAAAAAUGAUUUAAAACCAAUUUAUUUAAAGAAAUUAAAGGCAGCUCCUAUCAAAAGACAAACGCAUACUAGUCCCAGUUGACAAAAUGUGAUAUAAUGAUUUAUAUCUCGCUUAGUUUUUCUUGGCACUAGUAUUAAUUAAAGAAGUUAGAAGUACUUUAAUUUUUUCUUUUACUUAAAUUUUUGUUUAUAUAUAUGUAUAUGAGAACUCUUAAAAUUUAUAUUAAGGAUGGUUAUUAUAGAACAUCCUAAUGGGAAUUUUCCAUUUAGAAAACUCAAUAAAUUUUAAAACUUUUUUUGUAUGACUGUCCACUUAAAAAAAAAAAAAAAUUGUUCUCUGCCCACUUUCAAGUCGUUAAAUUUGUUCUGUUACUCCAGCUGAUUUGUUUGAAUUCAAUAAAAGUUGAAGACGAGUCUUAAAUGUUUAUGCUGUGCAUUAUACUACUUUCAUGUGCUACUUAACCAUUAUUUAAUUAAUUUAAUCUAACUUCAGAAAAAAAAUAUCAAUGUGAUAGAUAAGUGUGGUGCAUUUUAGAAGUUUCUGGACAUUAAAUUCAAAUCGUGUCAACAUCAGAUGUAUGUUGUGCUCAGUGCAUUCUGCUCAUUUAAAUGAAAUGGAAUUCUUUUUCUGCUGUGUAAUAUUGUAGGAGCUCUGAUUCCCGACCUCAUAAUGAAAAGUGUAAUAUUUUAUGCAGAUUUACUGGAACUUUUAUUUUCCAUACUUUUGUAGAAAUGCCAAAUGAAUAUAAAUUUUUUGGACUGUUAUGAGAUGAUGAUUGCACAUAGUGUUUUAUAUUAAGCUUAAACUUAACUGUUUAAGAAGUUCGUGAUAUGUCGUUAAAUUUUAUAAUAUACACUGUGAGAGUGUCUAUAAGAACUGGUUUUUAUGAAAUAGAUUUAUUAAUCUUGUUAUAUUUAGAAUCAUACAUGUAUAUUUACUUUUUCAUUUUGUACAUAACUGCAUUUAAAAAAAGAAAUUAUAAAAUUUUAAAUAUG